AUGGCGGUUGUUGAGAAUCGAGGACCUGAGCUCCUCAAGGUGUGCAUUACGCUGUUGACAUUUGCUGUCAUUGCCACGUUGCUGCGAUGUUACACCCGACUUUGGGUUGUCAAGGCCUUCGGGGCCGAUGACUGGACCAUGGUCUUUGCUUGCAUUUCUUUCAUCCUGUUUGUUGCUUCUGCUAUUACUGGCAUUCAUUAUGGAACUGGCCGUCAUGCCACGGACCUUUCCACACCCGACUUUGAGGAGGCAAUGAAGUACUGGUGGUUCUGCUACAUUUGGUAUUGCGUAACGAUGAUAACCUCGAAGAUUUCUAUCGGCAUUUUCCUCCUCCGAAUAACCGUCCACAAGAUGCACCGCUACAUCCUCUAUAUAGUGAUGUUUCUCUCGGUAGUCUCCGGAUUGGUGUUCUUCUUCGUCACGCUGUUUCAGUGCCAGCCCAUGACCUACUUUUGGGCCAAGGCACAAGGCGGCACAUGCGUCAGCCCCGUCAUCAUUGCCGCCCUUACCUACCUCUACAGUGCUUUCAGCGUCAUUUGCGAUUUCACGUUCGCUCUUCUUCCGGUUGUCCUUAUUCGCGGCCUUCAAAUGGAUAGCAGGAUCAAGUGGGCCUUGAUCCCCAUCUUGAGCAUGGCUUGCGUUGCAAGCGUGGCUGUAGUCGUGCGUUUCGCGUACAUUAAAGAUUUCUUAGAUCCCGACUUUCUAUGGGCAACUGUUGAUAUCGCAAUUUGGUCAACUACUGAGCAGGGCUUAGCCAUCACCGCUGGUAGCCUUGCAACCCUACAACCCCUCGCAAAGCGAACCGCCCAAAGAUUUGGCUAUUGGGAGACACGGAAUACCAAGCCCCUAUCCGACGACGCUCUGCCUCGCACGAUCGGAAGUCUUGGCCAGUCGAAGAACCGCAUUAGAGCCCAGUCCAAUGGAGACUUCAGUCUCACCACUCUCGACUGGGAAGACAACCGCGGACAGCCAGGCCGGGAUGGGGCUCGGCAGGCCUUACCCAAGGAUCAGAUCAUCUUAACAAAGGAGGUCGCUGUAACCAGCAAACGGGGCAGUCUCUGGGGUGGUGGUGGUGGGGAGGAACGUAAUGAUAGCGAGGAGGAGCUAACAAAAUCUUCAACAAAAGACGCAUAUGGAGUACGAGUCGCACCUAAAAGCUGGCUCGAUGAUAAAUGA